UCCGCUGUGGACAUCGCUCCGUGACAGUCAAACAAAUUCCGCGAAACUCGAAGGACCACGACGGUACGGGGUUCUGCGCGCUCGACCGUCGUCCGCUGUAUUCUUCAGCCCAAACAGGCAUUAGUCUUGCUCCGCGUAGUCCGCGUUUGUUUCCCAGCGAAAUCACGCUUACACGUUUGUUCUAUUGAUUGCGUCUAAAGUGUUGUUGUGCGUGCGUUUUCCGCGUGUUGUGGUCGGUGCAGAAAGUCCCAGAAAUAGCACUUUCGGCUCUCGGACACUGUGUAAUUGUGUGUACGUUUGUGUGUGCGUGUGCGUGUGAAACAAAAGCAAAACAAAGCAUCGGGGCCCGUGUUUGGUGUUGUUUUGUUCGCCAGCAGCUUCACCAGCCGUAGCUGUGUGUGAAGGGGGUUCGUCAGCGAAGGCAGCAGAUUCUUGGAACAGCCCCCAAAUUACACACAUCUUAACUGAGCGAAGGCCAAAUGGUGGUUUCUACGCGCGGGGCAAACCACCACUACGUUUGACGCGCAACCCUUGGGACGGGGCGAUGCGAGGAUGCGAGUCCGAAUUUGGCAUUAAAUAACAAUCGAAAAUUGAGAAACCAAUUAGAAAGAGAGAGAGAGAGAGAUCGAUAGAGGGAUGGAAACGAAAGCAUGAUAAAUGCUGGGGAAACCAUUCGGGGGUUGUGAAAUUCGAUGGAUCGGUGAGAAAUCGGUGCCCUUUUCUUCACACGUAGAUUCUUCACACACUAGGCACACCACAUGCAAUCCACACGAUGUUACUGUUGUGGUAAACAACGACGCGCACGGUAGGAAGCAGGAGGAGCAGUGAGGUCGGUUGAGAACGAAGGUGUUUGCGGGUGGUGGUGUGGACAUCGAUCGCGUGUGUUCCAAAGGUGCAGCAGUGUUGUUCCAGUGUAUCCUACGUGUAAGGUGUGUGUGUGUGUGUGCAGCGUAGUUAGUGCAGUUUGUUUGCGGCUUGAAGGUCACUUCGGGGAAGCAUAGAAAGCAUAAAACGGCCCCAGCAGGCCGUGACGUGAAGAACGCAAACCAUAAACACGGCAGCGAACGCAGAGUGUACGGAGAAGCUCUGACAUAACCGCGGUACGAUUGUGUGUAUGUGUGGGGCGAGGAGGCUCGCCGGAUAGUGUUGUGAGUUCAUCGACUGGUCGGGUCUGUGUCCCCCGGUCCAAAGGGUGGUGUGUACGCGGCGCUGUUGUGUACUGUGUAUCCAAUUGUGUGUCGGCUUCCAAUCAUAUCAUUAUCACCUCGUUGAGCACGUUUGCCGCCCUCCCCGCGCGCGUGUGUGUGUGUGUUAAUGGGGUUUGUGGGGAGCUUCCGUGCGAGAGGGAAAGUGAAGACAUAAUACUAAUCCGUGCGGCGUAAAGUGACUCACAUAUCAACCCACCCACCCACACGAACGAGAUAAAUAAAGAGCACAACACACACACACUAAAGAACGGCGCGACAACAUAACACACUAUCCCACCACACACCACACUGGCCGUGCAAAUGAAGAAGGUAAUGAUCCCUUCGUUGGAUAUGAAAAAGAGCAUUUCCGUGAAGGUAGAUAGUGAUCUGACUUUGCUGCUGUCCAGUGGAGUGUACGAAAUCAAGAAGAUGGAGCCCCGCUGGAGGCUCCGGCGCCCGAUCAUCGUCGUCUGUCUGUUUCUCGCCAUCGCCGGCAUCAUCGGCUUUGGCUACUACUGUCCGGAUCAGGUGUGUGCGCUUUCGCGCCGGGAAGUAACCUCGUCGGUGGGGCUCGCCGGCGGAGGAAUGGCGAGCGGCAGUUCCGGCGGCGGCGGCCUGACCGAGCUGACGGCCGGCUACGAGCACGAUAACCUCGGCAAACCGGUCCAGCAGAAUCUGCUGGCCAAUCCGGGGCUCAGCUACGAGGAGGUGCUGAACGAUGACUUCCAGUUCGACAUGAACGCGCACGACGUGAUGGUGUUUCUGCACAUCCAGAAAACGGGCGGCACCUCCUUCGGCAAACAUUUGGUGCGCGAUCUCGACCUCAAGCGCCCGUGUACCUGCCAGCGGAAGAAGAAGCGCUGCUACUGCUUCCGACCGCACCGGAACGAAAAUUGGCUGUUUUCGCGGUACUCCACCGGCUGGAAGUGUGGUUUGCACGCGGACUGGACCGAGCUGACCGGUUGCGUCGACCAGGAGCUGGACAAGAACGAGGGCGAAACGGCCAAGCGGCGCUACUUCUACAUCACGCUGCUGCGCGAACCGAUCGCCCGCUACCUGUCCGAGUUCCGGCACGUGCAGCGUGGCGCCACGUGGAAAAACGCUCGCCACUGGUGCCUGGGGCGGCACGCAACGCCCGACGAGCUUCCGCCCUGCUAUAAUGGUGCCAACUGGAACGGUGUGGCGCUGGACGAGUUCGCCGGGUGCGAAAGCAAUCUGGCCGCCAACCGGCAGACGCGCAUGCUUGCCGACCUGGCGCUGGUCGGGUGCUACAACAAGACGUACAUGCCGACGGCCGAACGGGACCGCAUCAUGCUGGCCAGCGCCAAGCGCAACCUAGCGGCCAUGUCCUACUUCGGUCUGACCGAGUACCAGAAGAUCUCGCAGUACAUUUUCGAGGAGACGUUCAACCUGCGGUUCGCGAUACCGUUCGAGCAGCACAACACCACCGUGUCGACGGUGACGAUGAACAGCCUGACGCCGGCCCAGCGCGCCCGCAUCGACCAGCUGAACGCGCUCGACCUCGAGCUGUACGCGUUCGCGAAGAAGCUAAUGUUCCAAAGAUUCGAAAGACUCAAAGCCAAAGAUAACGACUUCGAGGUCCGGUUUGCGCAUCUGGGCAAUCUGGGCGUGCGGAACGGCGUGACGGAGUUCAACUGGGACAGCAACAUCGACGACAUGCCCAGCAACGAGCAUCACUGAUAUCGGGCCCCACGGGCUCGUUCGGCCGCACUAGAGGGUGGCGACCGCGACCGAGCCAUCAUUACCGCCGGUGGACGACGCCGGUGGGCGAAGAGCAGCAGCAGAGCAGCAGUAGACGGUGGCAGCGGUGGACCGUUGCCGGCCAUCGGACCAUCAGCGCCACCGUACCGGGCACCGGCGUCGGGCGGAAGCGGCACCAACCACAGUGCCGCGAGUGCCACCGCCACCGCCAUCGCGGUCGCUCAUCAAAACUCAAUCAAUCAUCAGCGGGCCGGAAGCGGAGGCGGAGGUGGAUACGGAUACGGCGGACCGUCACACGCCGGUGACGUUGACAAACCCAUUAGUGCUAAGCUCAAUCUGACGACUAGUCCUAGCAGUGAACGUAGGCGUAAGAAGGCUAAUAAGCAACACCCGGAGCAACAGCGGGUCCGCAAGCGCGAGGAUACGCACCCGACGGUCGAUGCAGCUAAGCUGCUGCAGCGAUAGAAUCGUCGACGUGGCCGCGCGCCUCAACCGGGAGAAUGGAAUUAGCAAUGUGCGCAACGUGCUGCGUACGGUAGCAUACCCUACUUAUGCCGGGACGCUCCAGUGUGUGUUCCUGCCCGUGCCCGAUGUGAAUCCGAGCGAACGAGACGAGAGGAGGCGAUUUGUUGUGGCUGCGGUAGGCGCUACCGAAAGGCCCACAAAUCGGAUCAGCCUUAGGAAGGCGUACCGCGAAAAGAGGCGGUGGGAAAGAUUAUUGGAAAUCGAAUCGCACUAGUACCCCAACAGUCGUAGGUUUAGAAGCCCACAGUAUAAGCUUUUUAAAGAAACCAAUAUUCAAUCGCCACCGCGCGCGGGCUGUUUGUGUGCGUGUGUUUGUAUAGAGCGGUGCAUUAUGCUUACUAAUCAUCGGAUCGGUCGCUGCACGUUGGAGAUGUGAGUUUGGAGCGCUUCCCGUGUUCGUCGUCGUUCCGUAGUUUAUAGCUUUCCGGCUGCAAAAGUGACACAAACACCACCUUCUCGACGCACGAUUCCACCGUCAAAAGCGGAUGGAGAUGACAGUGAUCAGAGCCGCAGUCAUGGCAUACUGUGUAAGGCUUUAGGUUUAGCUUUAAGGAAAUUAUCAUAAGCGCCGUGACAGCCGAUUAGGGGAAGAAUGAUGAAACGCGGACUUAAAAAGGAACCCAGUUCAGAGCGCACACACAGUCGGUCGUGAGGUGUGCGCGCGCCCCGUUUGCUCCCGAAGCCAUAUCUGCACAAAUGCAUUCUCAGGGGGAAACAACUCUCACUCGUCGAAAUGGUAGUGUGAAAGUGAAUAAUGCAGCUUCCUCACAACGCUGCACGGAUUUGGCAAAUGGUGUACAAUCGUUCGUAGUUUUCCGGCUGAAAGUAAGUUGGAAAGAUGAUGCGGAAAUUCACAGAAAUUGUGUUUGGUUCGUUCGUUCGUGUGGUUUUUUUCGGCCCACUGUCAAAAAUGUGACCAGUGCCGUGUCGUGGUGUGAAACGUAACUUACCGUGAUUCUCAUCAUUCGUGCGCCUACUGUGAUACCAGGAUACUGGCGUGUGGUGAUGAAGCGCGUGCGACGCGGGCAACGUUUGGAUUGGAGCUAAGAAGCAUCCGGGCGUGUGUGAGACGAACCCACCGACGCGACGAGUGAUGAAAAGUGAAGCUCGCUUGCUGCUGCUGCCAUCAUCCUGAAGCUAACGAGUUAAUGUAACCUGUCAUCAUGUCGCCGCGUUCUCGGUUCCUUUGCGUGUGUGUGUGUGUGUGCAUCGUUCCCAUCAUCUCAAUGGCUUCAUCCGGAAUCGUCCUUAGACGCACCAUCAUCACCAUUACGCGUCGCCGGAAAUGGAUGUGUGUAACGCCAUGCUGCAAUAUCUUGAACGCGCAAAGGCCGAACAGUAGUAGUUGUGGCAGUGUAGUGCAUCGAACGAACCCGACCGGGUUUUGAGAUUUGAGCAAAAACGCUCCUCCCAGACACACAUCCGACCAGCACCACCCCGCGUUCCAAGCCAACGCCACAAGGGCGGGCUUUUCACAGGCACGUUAAAGGUUUUGCCGCCUAGCCCGCCUGGUCUGGCCUAUGACCUCGUUUACGUUCGAGUGACGUAUGUGCGGGGCCUGCAAUCAGGCUGUGGUAGCAGUGGGGAAAGCAUACAAUGUUUGCCUUGCCUUGGAAAUGAAGGAUACAGGAUGUGUGAGCCGGUAUACUAGCUUCCGAUGCUUCUGACGCUGCUGUUACUGCUGCUGCUGCUGCUUGUAUGCACGGCAGAAUGCACCAUCCGUGCGCCUCUCCCACUCCUCCUUUUCAUCGUCGUCUGUCCCAUCGUCUUGGUCGUCACUCUCUUCAGUGAUUAGUGUCCUAAGGCGGUGUUGGAAGGGAAAGAACCUCAACGAACCGCGCGUUCGUCACACUUUCCCGAGACUUGGAGCAACUUGGAGUGAGGAAUAAAGCUGUCGCCGGGCACUCUCAAGAAUCAACACACACACGCUCGGAACAAUGCGGAAAAAGUGGACGCUUUUCUCCUUUACCCGCGCGCGCGCCGCCUCUCCCGAAAAGCCAAGGGAGAUGGAGAAGGUCCUCUGCAAUGGCGCCGCCCGUUGCCGCCAGACGAGCGAACGCUGCUUGGAUACUGGAUAUCCGGG